UGGUAGGUUACUGUAAAUGUAACAUUUUACAUUUGGCCUUGGACUGUAAUAUUUAAUUAGCCUUUAUUAUGUUACUUUUAGCUGUUUAAACAAGUUUAUGCGGCUUGUAAAAGGUGCAUUAAUGUUACUACAUUUAAAAAUUUGUUUCCAUUGAUUCCGAAUAUUAAAUCAGUCAAUUUAAUUUCAAAUCUUUAACAAUACUGAUGUCAAAACUGACAGUUUUUUUAAAAAUUAUCAUCUAAUUCUGUUUGAUUCACUAUUUAUAAAUUGUUGAUAAAUUAAUGUUGAGCUUUUAUUAAUUUGUACAAUGAAAUUUAUCUUUGAUAGAUGGCGAUGAAAGAAAAAGACGAUAAAAUCGAGGUGUUCUAUUUUUAUUUGGUUUUCCCUCCCCACCAUAUACCAGUUUCUUAGAGACAGCAACCAACUCACUGGUUUCCUGUAUUUAGUAGUUCUUGUUAUGGUGGGUAAGCUGUUAAGAUUGAAUAUGACUGAUGAUUUGAAACUAGUUGUACCUCAUUAUUCGGAUUUUGUUUUCGACCAGAACCAUAUUAAAGAUGAUGCUCGUCGUUUGAUGGAGAAAUUGCGUCCCCAUUGGGAUGCAUCAACAAUUGAAAUUAAACAGUUUACUGAAGGUAUUACCAACUGGCUCAUUGGUUGUUUUCCUCUCGAUUUUGAUUCUGAUAAAAGUGAGAAGGAUGAUGUGGUACUUAUUCGAGUUUAUGGUCGUAAAACGGAAUUAUUUAUUGAUCGCCAAAAAGAAAUUGCUAAUAUGUUGUUAAUGUAUCAAAAUGGACUGAGUCCGCCCGUCUUUUGUUCUUUUGCCAAUGGUAUGGCUUAUGGUUAUUCUGCCGGCAAAGUUGUCGAUAGUACUAUGGUUCGACAGGAAUAUAUUUAUAAUUUAAUUUGUCAUCAAAUGGUCAAGAUGCACUCGAUUUCCUACAAAAAGCAGUCUAUCACUUUACCAAUUUGUGAUUCAUCCAAUAACGACGAUAACAAUAAUAAUAGUGGUGAGAUGAAAAAUGAAGCAAAAGCUUGCCUUAGCCGUUUAUUCAACAAAUAUUUAACUUUAAUUGCUGAAUCAAUUACCCCCGAUGAUCCAGUGAGUGUUUUUUUAAACAACGAAGGUAUAACCCUUGAUGAUCUCACGAAAGAGGCUGAUUAUUUGGUGGAAAAUUUGUCGAAACUUGGAUCUCCAUUGGUUUUCUGUCACAAUGAUCUCUUGCUCAACAACAUUAUCUACGAUGAACGUAAACCAUCUAUCAGUUUCAUCGAUUUUGAGUAUGCUGAUAUAAAUUACCAAGCCUUUGAUAUUGCUAAUCAUUUCAACGAGUUUUCUGGAGUGGAUGAAUAUAUACCCGAAAUGUAUCCUAGCAAAGAGUUUCAAUUGAAAUGGUUAUCCUGUUACUUAAAACAUUGGAAUCAGUUAGUCGAAUCAGAUGAAGGUGAUAUUCAUGUUAAUAGACAAUUUGACCUGAGAGUCGAAGAUUUAUACGUUCAAGUUUCAAAGUUUUCACUGGCAUCUAACCUUCUUUGGGGUAUUUGGGCACUUCUCCAAACAAUCCAUUCAACAAUUGACUUUAAUUUCUUCGCUUAUGGAGUUCCUAGAAUAAGAGAGUAUUUUAAAAGAAAACACUCUUUGCUCAGUCUCUCAUCGCCUAUCAAAAAACACGUUUCAUAAUGAAUUGCAAGCAACUACAUUCCUUCACUUUUUAAAUAUUCCAGGAGAUCAAUUAUAUGGAUGAAAUUCAACUUGAUUUUAAGCAGUCGCGCCAUCAAAUGGAGCAAUUUAAUUUUUCUGGAUCGACUAUCGAAUAUUCUAGCGGCGUAUGUUUAUACAUAUUUUUGUUCAUCAAAUAAACCAAGAUUUUAGCA